GCCUGGAUAUAUUGUGCGCACCCCGGGGGUUUUAACGUCGAGUUUGUUUAAUAAGGCUGGUCUGUGGAUUUUGGGAAGGAAUGACUGGGGUGGGGAGAAAACUAUCCAUUGAAUAAUCGAGCUAUUCUUUAGUUUCCUUCCUUGCUAUAUUAAGUUCCUGCACUUUAGAAUUGGUGUCGAGAGCCUUAUCGUUUGUUGUUUAGUUGGAGGUUGCAACUAGUGGUAGAGUGCGCGAGCGUUUCUGUUGGAUCACCCAACGUUCCAUUCCCAGAAUCUCCGCGUUCUAAACGGUUGUUGUUGUUCUGGAGCCCGCGCUCGGGCUAAAACCUUCCUUACUCCCCUAAGACAUCCCCAUCCCCACCCCCACCCCCUUCCCUGGGGAAAGGGCGAGUGACACCGUGCACCGCCCAUCCAUUUCAAUGCUGUCGCCUGCCAAAACACCCAGUCCCUUUACUUCGGUGUUUGAUUGCGUUAAAUGUAUUCGACUUCUUAUCCUUGCCCCCGAGUAAUCAGCAGAGAUGUGACUGCUUUUUUUUAAAAAAAGUCACCCUUCUGUCAUGGGCAUCAGGACACAAGUGACAAUUUCUCUUUACGUGGGUGCACGCGUUUCCUAUAUCAAAUAACAGUCCAGUUACUUCAGCUGUCCCCUUAAAGGGAAGUACAAGAUCUUUGCAGAAGCGAAAGUUGAGUUUAUAAUUGAUUGCACGUUUCGUGUUCUCGUCAGUUCUCGCUAACGUUUGAAUAUUAUACAGAACCGUGUGGUCUUUUGAAAAUGAAGGCACCAAAUUUCAGAAAAGAGGCAGCUGUGUUUUCCUUUUUCUUUUGUUUGUUUGCGGUGUGUCAAACGUUUCCAACUCCGGCCGACCGAGCUAGUUUGAUAAAACUGGAGCAGUUCCAAUUUACAGGCGGUAAUCUCCUCUCGACUGAAAAAGAACUGCAGGUUAAUUGUAUACUUAAGAGAAUCAAAGCAAAGGAGAUAAUGGAAGGAAUGAAAACUGGUAAAUUUGCCCCAGCUAUGCACUUUUUCAGAGCAAAAGAAUUAAUUGAACAAAGUCCAGUUUUUAAAAUUAUACAGAUGAUGCCCAAAGGUGCUGGUUUACAUCUCCAUGAAUAUGCCUUAUUGAAUGUGGACUGGCUUGUGAAGAAUGCCACUUAUCUACCUAAUUGUUACAUUUGUUUCACACCUGUUGGAGGCGUCCAGUUUCAUUAUUUCAACAGAAACCAACAGAAAAAGAUGGUGAAUUGCUCAGAAUGGGUUUUGCUUGAGCAAUACAGAAAUCAAAUUCAAAAUGUCACAGAAUUUGAUAACAGUCUAAUGAGAAAUCUUACACUGAUAACGGAAAAUCCAGAAGAAGCCUACCAAUCGCAAAACAUCAUUUGGCACAGAUUUUCUGAUGCAUUUGCUGCUGCUAGCAGCCUCAUUUCAUAUGCCCCAGUAUUUAAAACCUACUUCUAUGAAGCUUUGAAGGAAUUCUAUCAUGAUAACGUACAAUACAUAGAGAUACGAGCAUUGCUGCUACCGGUCUACGAACUUGAUGGAACCUUACAUAACAAGAGUUGGUCUAUUAUGGCUUACCAGGAGGUUUCAAGACAAUUCAAAAAUGAUAAUCCUGAUUUCAUGGGAACUAAAGUGAUUUUUUCUGUACAUAGAAAAUUGAAUAAUGCAGAAAUGAAGAUUGCAGUACAUGAGGCCAUGGAACUUUACAGUAAAUUCCCAGAGACAAUGGCAGGCUUUGAUAUGGUUGGCCACGAGGAUGCUGGGCACCCGCUAUGGUAUUUCAAGAAUGAGCUAUUAAUUCCAGCAAAACUUGGAGUUAAGCUGCCGUACUUCUUUCAUGCGGGGGAAACUGACUGGGAAGGCUUACAUGUAGAUGAAAACAUUUUGGAUGCACUGCUGUUGAACACAAGUCGAAUAGGCCAUGGCUACAGCAUAAACAAGCGUCUUGCGGCAAAACAGUUGUCAAAAAAGCUUGAAGUGGCGAUAGAAGUGUGUCCAAUCUCAAACCAGGUGCUUAUGUUGGUGAGUAAUCUACAGAAUCACCCAGCUGCAGCCUUAAUGGCAGAAGGUCAUCCCAUGAUCAUUAGUGCUGAUGAUCCAGCUGUUUUUGGGGCUCGUGGUUUGUCGUAUGACUUUUAUGAAGCUUUCAUGGGAAUAGGAGGUUUAAAAGCUGAGCUGACAACAUUGAAGCAGUUGGCUCUGAACGCAAUCAACUACAGUGCUAUGUCUGCCCAGAUGAAAGCUGAAGCCAUCAAACUCUGGCAAGAAAAGUGGGAUCAGUUUUUGGAUGUGGUGCUUAUCAUGUUCAACAGUGAUGAGCUGUGAGAAAAGAUUUUUUAAGAGGAAGGUUUUGAUGUUUUAAAUUAAUCCUUACUUAGAAUAGGUUAUCUGGCAAUCUUGAUGUGGCUACGGAAGAAAAUCUUGAAUAGUGUGUUGCAUGAUCUCAGGAUAACUCAAAUGUGCUUUACAGCCAAUUAAGUUAUUUUGGCAUUCUUUAUUAUAAUGUUGGUUCCUAUGUAUAUAUUUUGUAAAAGUUGGUGCAUAUAUAUCUAUUUAGGCCAUACUUUAUAUUCAUUCGGCAUAUGUUUGUGAAGAAUGAUUUAUACUGAUUUGUAAAUGUGAAUUUUCUCUAGUAUGCUUAAAAAACAGCCAUCCAUCCUGAUUCAGUUCCUGUUCCUAUAUAACUUUGAUCUGGUACCAUCAACCUUCUUGGCUCCAAUGAUAAGAUCGUAAGAAAUAGGAGCAGGCUUUGGCCAUUCAGCCCAUUGAGCCUGUACCACCCUUCAAGGAUAUUGAACCUAACUCUUUCUGGCCCUCCCCAUAACCCUUGACUUCCCUUAUCUAAACAUCUGGCAAUAUCAGGACUAGCCUAAAGAUUUGGAACUUUAGUCCUUUGCUAGCUUUGAAGCUGAAAUUCCUUUUUACAUCCAUUCAGUAGCAAUACUGACUCACCUCCACUUCCUUUAUUCAUUAACAGGAUGAGGGCAUCACUGGUUAGGCAGCAAUUAUUGCCCAUCCCCAAUUGCUCAGAGGGCAGUUGAGAGUCAACCAUAUUGCUGUGGAUUUGGAGCCACAUUUUGGUCAGACCAGGUAAGGAAGUCAGCUUUUGUGCUCCUGAGAUGCUACUCGGCCUGCUGUGUUCAUCCAGCUCCACACUUUGUUAUCUUGGAUUCUCCAGCAUCUGCAGUUCCCAUUGUCAUUGAUCCUGAUGUGGGUUUUGCUGACAUGAAGCCAUUUUAGAUGUGGAAAGUUGUCAUGCUCAAAAACAGAGGAACGUUUUGGAAUCUAUCCUUGCACUCUAUCUUGAACCAUAAUUAUUUCUCAGACAUUAAUAAUGUUAGUUCCAUUUUUAUGUAUGACUUGUGGAAAAGAAAGAAAUGUUUAAAUUCAUUUAUCCUGUCAUGUACAUUAUUGAGAGGAAUGUUCACUGUAAGAACGAUCCUGUAACGUGGCCCAUGUAAGGUUAUACACAAACUGCACUGUCACCUUAUUCAAUAAAGUUCGCAGGUGUUUGCAGAUUGAAUACAUGUUGUUCUUUAUGAAAGCAAUGAUAUAAUGUAGAAAUUACAUGCAAAAUUUAACGUAUUUUAACAGCUGUUAUAUGCAUUUGUAAAUGCAUGUGACUUUAAAGAUAGGUGAAAGACUAACUGUAUUAUGUGUUAAAUGUAAUACAGUUGUCAAAUAAAAGUUGCCAAAAUCUUUCAUUUACUAUAUAAAUAUUUGUGUAAGGGCUUUUACAUGGCAGAGUAAAGAUUCAGGUUCCUCAUCAUUUGUAUUCAAUUAGAAUCUCUGCCAUCUGCAUGGAUAUCUAUUCAUCCCAGCAGGAUAAGGAGUUAUUCAUUCAGCUGAGUGUGAGGAACCUGAUUAAAUGACUACUGAGAAAGGGGGUCUGUAAUAUAAGUAAUGAAACAUUGCUCAAAUGGAUAGUUUUUUUUUGAGUAUUCACCGAUAUGGUAAUAGGACUGUUGACAAAGUGAAAUGUUACUGCUUGCUUACUAACAUUACCACGAGGUGAACAUGAAUAUAGUGUCCAACUGCAGUAUGGAUGAGCAUAUGGCAUGUUAGUUUAAAACUGAAAAACACUUAAUUGUGCUUUGAUGAACCAUUUUGUGUCAAUGGCACUAGACUGCUGAUCUGCAAUUGGAUAGCUCUCCCACCCCUGAACCUUUUACUUUAUUUUCAUUGAAGGUAACCUCCAGUUGAGUUGUACAACUCAUCCCCAAUUACUCUUAUUAACUGAUAAAUUUCAUAUUAACUGAUAAAAUAGAUUUUGCUUUCCUUGAAUAUAGUUUACUCUAUUGAAAUUCAGAAGACAGUGGCCUGGAAAUUCAGUGAU